GUCCCUCCCCUGGACUGGGCUGACAGUACCUAGUGACAUAGUGCAGACACGCCUGCAGACAUUCCCUGGGAGAGGGCAGCAGCCGCAGCCAGGUGUGAAUGAGGCAGGAUGAACUGGACGGGUUUGUACACCUUGCUCAGUGGCGUGAACCGGCAUUCUACUGCCAUUGGCCGAGUAUGGCUCUCGGUCAUCUUCAUCUUCAGAAUCAUGGUGCUGGUGGUAGCUGCCGAGAGUGUGUGGGGUGACGAGAAGUCUUCCUUCAUCUGCAACACCCUCCAGCCUGGCUGCAACAGCGUCUGCUACGACCACUUUUUCCCCAUUUCCCAUGUGCGUCUGUGGUCUCUGCAGCUAAUCUUGGUUUCCACCCCAGCUCUCCUGGUGGCCAUGCAUGUGGCUCACCAGCAGCACAUAGAAAAGAAAAUGCUGCGACUUGAGGGGCAUGGGGACCCGCUACACCUGGAGGAGGUGAAGAGGCACAAGGUCCACAUCUCAGGGACACUGUGGUGGACCUAUGUCAUCAGUGUGGUCUUCCGGCUGCUGUUCGAGGCCGCCUUCAUGUACGUCUUUUAUCUGCUCUACCCUGGCUACGCCAUGGUGCGGCUGGUCAAGUGUGAGGCCUACCCUUGCCCCAACACAGUGGACUGCUUCGUGUCCCGCCCCACAGAGAAAACCGUCUUCACCGUCUUCAUGCUGGCUGCCUCUGGCAUCUGUAUCAUCCUCAACGUGGCCGAGGUGGUGUACCUCAUCUUCCGGGCCUGUGCCCGCCGAGCCCAGCGCCGCUCCAAUCCACCCUCCCGCAAGGGCUCGGGGGGCUUCGGCCACCGCCUCUCACCUGAAUACAAGCAGAACGAGAUCAACAAGCUGCUGAGCGAACAGGACGGCUCCCUGAAAGACAUACUGCGCCGCAGCCCCGGCACAGGGGCCGGGCUGGCUGAGAAGAGCGACCGCUGCUCGGCCUGCUGAUGCCACAGACCAGGCAACCUCCCAUCCUGCCCCCCACCCUGCCCCGGUCCUGCCCCUCCUUGUCCCCUGCUGGUGCACAGGCCUCUGCCUGCUAGGGAUUGUUCCAUCAAAACCUUCCUUCCUUCCCUCCCAACUUCCCUUGCUCCCAGGCCCUUCUGCCUCAGGGGCUAAAGGGGUGGGGAGCUGGAGGCCACCCACGCCAGCACUCAAGGCUGUUGGGGGUGUGGUCAGCUCUUGUUGCCCGCACCCCUUCCUCGUCCCUCUCCCUCUCCCUGGGACCACUGGGGACCAGAGGUAGGAUGCUCUGACAUCUCCAAUUAUGAAACUAAUCUUAACCCCAUGCUGUCAGAUACCCUAUUUCUGGAGUCACACCGGUGGGGAGGGAUGCGGGCAAGUGGAGUGGAGGGAGGGUGCUGUGGACACGUGGGUGGAGAAGGGAGGGUAGCAACGUAAGAAGGACAUGUCUGGGGUGGAGGAGCUAGGGAGGGAGAGAAACAGGCAGAUAAGUUGGAGUGGGGGUUGAUCAGGGCUGCCUUUGCCUCUGGUCCCCAAGGCCUCCCUCUGCCUGAAAUGUUACACAUUAAACAGGAUUUUACAGUAAAUGAA